CUCAUGUUAUGUGGGUUCAUAUUGCCCUUUGCAUGUGAACAGCCCACUUCCUCUUCUAAUUGUGUUUAGUGCAGAUACUUUCUGUGCAUGAAGGUUCUCUCACUCAUUUCUUGAUAGUUCUUACCAGAGUUCUCAGGGAAGCCUGGUCACAGCUGGCUUCUUGCAAACCAUCACCACCAUUACUUCUCUCAACCUCCUUCUCUUUUCCAUGGCUAGUAGUGCUAGCUGGGAGUAUAUACUUCUUGAUGUACUCAUUGCUGUAGCUUGUUGUCUGGGCAAUGUGCUGGUGAUCUGGGCAGUGUGGACAUGUGGAGCUCUCAGGCAGCCCACCUUCUGCUUCAUUGCUUCCCUCGCAGUGGCUGAUUUCUUGGUGGGGUCUGUUGCCAUCCCACUGGCUGUGUUGGUAGAAAACCAUAUGAAGACCUCCUUUCAUGGAUGCCUUUUCAUGUGCUGUGUUCUGCUAAUGCUGCAAAUGACCUCUGUCGUCUUACUCCUGGCAAUUGCAAUAGACCGUUGUCUUCGUGUGCGCAUCCCUCUGACGUAUAAGUCUACAGUCACUAAAAAACGCUCUUGGAUCUUGGUUGCACUCUGCUGGUUCACUGCUGUUGUAUGGGGUUUUAUCCCCAUGUUUGGAUGGCACAAUUAUAAUGCUGUGGAUGGUCCUGCCAAUGAAAACACCACCAGUUUUGAAUGCAGCUUCUUAACUGUUAUUUCCACUUCCUAUCUAGUAAACUUCAUAUUCUUCAGCUCUUUACUUCCUCCAUUGGCUAUAAUGACAGGCUUGUAUUGUUACAUCUUCCUGACCACUAGAAGGCAGUUAAGAGCAAAUAUCGGUGCAGCUGCCGAGUCCAGCACAUACUACCAAAAAGAACUCAGACUGGCUGCUUCACUGGCCCUGGUCUUGGUUCUCUUUGCUGUCUGUUGGCUCCCUCUGUUCCUCAUGCACAGUGUGCGUUACUAUGGUCAUAAUAUUGAGGUGCCCUCUGUUGCCAUUGACAUAGGUGUCCUCCUCUCUCAUGCUAAUUCAGCAGUUAACCCCAUAGUUUAUGCGUUUAGGAUCCCCAAGAUAAAAGAGGCAUGUAAGAAGCUGUGGAGAAGAGUCUGUCAUGAAAGAGAACAGCAGAGUGACCAGAACAAUACACAGAAUAAUACAGACAGAAACACAAACAGCAUCACAGAAAACACUGGUACGAAAAACAACAAGAUCAAAGACAGUGGUAUAGAAAGAUGCGAGUCACGGGAGUGACAGCGGGAGGAGGAGGCUGACGUUGGUGCCGCCUGGGCCCCGCCCCCCGUUACACAGUGGAUCCGCUAUGUUUGACCCAGGCGGCUGAGCUGCCAGCUGGGGGCGGUAAUGGGGAGGGAGCUCUCGUUCCCUCUCGGUUCUGGUGCUCACGCUGCCCUUAAUGAGAGCCAGCUGAGUCUUAUCUGCCUGGCAGCGUGAGCGCCUUUAAAAAGAGUGGAGAGGGAACUGAGCGAGAGAGGGAUGAGCAGCAGCAACAAGAAGACAAAGAGCUGAAAAGCUCCACUGAGAAAGGACUGAAAUCUCAGUAGAAGCCAUUGAAAAGUGGGUAGCGUUGGUUAUGGUUGUUUGGAUGUGUUUAUUUUGUGUGAAAGUAAAAACA